GCUGGGGAGCGCACGCGAGCCCAGAGGUGAGCAGAUGAACGAGAGCCGCUCCGCCGCAGCGAGGAGGAGAGACCAGAGAUGAUGCGUAAAUCACCGCAUUUUCGCGUUUGACAACCGAGACAAGUUGCUUCAAACCCGCUGAUCUGGAGACGUCAUAAAACCAAAUCCGUUUUUUAUUUUUUUAUUUUUAUUGUUUUUGUUUUAAUGAGUUGAUUUUUGCGGACGUCUUCUGUCCAAACUGACUUCAAAAGAGCAGCAGGCGGACACAGAGCGUCAUGAUGGAGUCUAUCUUAGACAGCUUCGCAGCGGAGAAACUCUACUCCUCCGGAGGCACCACCAACCUGUUGGACCUGGAGGAGCUCAGCGACGGUGAUUUCCUCACUAAUGUGCCUUUUUCGGGUGAACAAAUGGACGAAUUCAGCAGUGAAUUAUUUAGCAGUUUCUUCGACGACCAUCUGUUAGAGCGCCCCCUGUUGACAGACAGACCCUCGCCUCUGCACAUUGACAUGGACAGCAACCCAGAUAUCCAAGCGGAGCACAGCUACUCUUUGAGCGAAGACUCCGCCCCCCAGAGUCCAGCCCUGUCGAUCAAAAUGGACCAAGAGUCGGAAUUUGACUGGAACUUCAGCCAGGACCUGUCCUCCAUCCUGGUGAAACAGGAGGAGCCUGAUAUCGGCCAAAGGUUAGACCCUCAGCCUCUAGAAAGCCUGCCUCUCAUAUUAAGCCCCGCCCCUCCUCGCACAGGGUCGCCGUGGAAACACACAGAGCGCCGGCUAGAUGAUGUGAAGCCAGUAGCUAUAAAGGACGAACCCAGAGAAAAUGGACAGUACCUCAGCCUGCCCAACGACGAUGCUCUCCAGCUCCCGCCCACCCCUCCCAGCAGUAACCAUGGCGACAGUGACGGCUCACUCCCACCGUCCUCCCCGCACCUCCCCCUGCCGCCGUCCUCGCCCCAGCCACAGCAGAGGCCAGGAGGUCGUGGAUCUUCCUCCACCUCCUCGUCCGCCAUCUCCUCCUCGCCUCUCCUCACAGCCCCACAUAAGCUGCAGGGCUCAGGACCCCUCAUGCUGACAGAGGAAGAGAAGAGGACCCUGGUAGCAGAGGGUUACCCCGUGCCAAACAAACUUCCCCUCACCAAGAGCGAGGAGAAAGCACUGAAGAGAGUUCGACGGAAGAUUAAAAACAAGAUUUCAGCUCAGGAGAGUCGGAGAAAGAAGAAAGAGUAUGUGGAAUGUCUGGAAAAGAAGGUGGAGAAUUACACGUCGGAAAACAGCGACCUGUGGAGAAAAGUGGAAAACCUGGAGACUGCCAACAGGUCUCUUCUACAGCAGCUGCAGAAGCUUCAGUCUCUGAUUUCAGGGAAAGUCAUCCCCCGUUCGUGUAAAAUGGCCUCAACUCAAACAGGAACCUGCCUUAUGAUGAUGGCGUUGUGUUUCGUCCUGGUGUUGGGCUCCUUCUCCCCUUGUCUCUCUCCUCUGUCUUUUUUCUCUCACUCCUCCUCUUUGUCCUCCUCGUCCUCUCACUCCUCACCUUCCUCUCUUCCUUCACCAUCAGCGGACCUCUACACAACCAGUCAGGUCCGCUCCCGCAGCCUGCUCUUCUACGACGAGCAGGCCCCCCUGGAGGAGAGCUUGGUGCCCUCAGAGGGAGAGAGGCUACAGUCAGAGAGCCGCUCUCACGUCCAGACACGCCGGCACACAGCCGCCGCCCACAGCAACCAGACAACCGGCUCCAAAUUAGACCAAAGAGAAACCAAACCAGGCGGAGUCUCAGGGGUUUUCUGACCGCCGUAAUGUCUUGCUGCUCGCCCACUGAAGCGCUCCAUCAGCUGGUUCCCAGGCAAAGACCAGCCUCCUGUCUCCACGUCGGCUCAGCUUCGCCCUCCACGCCAAGCAUCCUUCGUCUUUCUGCUACACUUGAACACUCUGGGUGUAAACGUCAACCUUCCUGUUGGAACCGUGGUUUUAGUGCACUAAAUGUCUACUCUACGCCAACUAAUUA